AUGGCACCAAACAUUAGCGAUCUCAAACCACAUGGAACGGGCGCUAGCGACCCAGUCGUCCAAAGGCUUGCCCAGGAAGACAAAGUACCAUGGUACAGGAAGCCAAACUUACGACAUCUUUACCUGUUACUCAUACCAACAUGCAUGGGCAUCGAAAUCACAAGCGGUUUCGACUCUCAGAUGAUCAACGCCCUCCAGAUCUCAGAUCACUGGCAAGACUACUUCAAUGAACCCGCAGGUUCAUGGUCCGGCUUCAUCAAUGCUUCGUAUUCACUCGGAGCCAUCCUGAGUUUACCUUUUGUUCCUAUUCUAAACGAUCGAUUCGGUCGUCGUUGGGCGAUAUUUAUCGGUUUCUGGGUCAUGGUAGCCGGGGCCAUUGUUCAGUGCUUUGCGCAAAAUGCUGGUAAUUACAUUUUUGCCCGUAUCAUGCUGGGUUUUGGUAUUCCGACCUGCAUCGUCGCUGCGUCUGCCUUGAUCGGUGAACUGGGAUACCCAAAGGAACGACCGAUCCUCACUUCCCUCUUCAACGUCUCAUACUUUGUCGGGGAGCUCACGGCUGCCGGAAUCUGCUUCGGAACCAACACCAUUGCCAGCAACUGGUCGUGGAGGACCCCGUCCAUCUUACAGGCUGCACCAUCCUUGAUCCAGAUCUCGCUGGUCCUGUUACUUCCAGAAAGCCCAAGAUGGCUCAUCAGCAAAGACCGACACGAGGAGGCCCACGAGAUCCUGAUCAAGUAUCAUGCCGAAGGUGACUGCGACUCGGAAUUCGUGCGUGCCGAGAUGGCCCAGAUUCGCGCGACACUCCACAUGGAAAUCGAGGCGUCCAAGAAGUCAUGGUUGGACUUGUUCACCACCGCCGGGAUGCGACGACGUGUCAUCUUAUCCACCGCACUCGGCCUGUUCACUCAAUGGUCCGGGAACACGCUCAUCUCGUACUACCUGGGCAAGCUGUUGAAGAUGGUCGGCUGGACCAACUCGACCGACAUUCAAAAGGUCAAUGUCGGCGUCUCAGCUUGGUCCCUCAUCACCGCCGCCACGGCCGCCCUCUUGGUCACCCGCUUCCGCCGCAGGGUCAUGUACAUGGCGUGCGCCAUCUCCUUGCUGUGUAUCUACAUCGGAUGGACUAUCUGUAUGGAAGAAACCAUGACAUCGGACGCGGCUGGCAAUAUCAAUCAUGGAGCAGGAAUCGGAGUCAUCUUUUUCAUAUUUGCCUACAAGCCGGCAUAUAACAUUGGGUACAAUGCUCUGACCUAUACCUACCUCGUCGAAUUGUGGCCGUUUGCUGAAAGAUCUCGCGGCAUUGCAUAUUUCCAACUAUGGGGGCGACUGGCGACUUUCUUCACCACCUUCAUCAAUCCAAUUGGCCUUGACAACAUCCAGUGGCGGUGGCUGAUCUUCUACUGCUGCUGGCUCGGUUUCGAGAAUGUCUUCAUCUACUUCUUCUUCCCAGAAACUUAUGGAAGAACAUUGGAGGAAUUGGCUUUCAUCUUUGAGGACAAGGAGAAGUCCGAUAGGGCCAUUGCGGCGGUUGAAAAAGCGAGGGCUGGUCUAGAUGACAAUGAAACCGAGAAACGUGCUGAGACGAUCGUUGAACAUGCCGAUGUGCGGGCUUAA